GGAUCAGGGGCACCCCCGACACGUGCCCCAGGAAGAAUUUAAAAGAAAUUAAGAAAAAAUUCUGAAAUCAGAGGGGGUGGAAACGCGCGUCUCAUUGUCUCAAAAUUCUGAAAAUCAUCAAAAUUCUCACUAUUCUCUCUUCUCUCUCUACAAAAGAUAAAACUCUAAAUACCCAAAACAAAUCUACCGCCUGCAACCUCUGGCCAGCCGCCGGCCAUCCAUCCUUUCCGUACUCUCCUGCCGUCUGCAGCUGCCUAGUGGCUGGUUCGGUGGAUCCUGUUUCACAAUUCUUAACAAAAACCCUAAAAAUCAAAACUUUGAUUUUUAAGUCAUUACUCAAGCACGUGGAAAGGGAUCUAGGUGCAAUCCAUUACUCGGUUUCUCUCUCUUCUCGAAUUCUUCCCAUUUUUCAGAAUUUGCUGAUACUGUAUCAAACAAAUAUUAGCCGAGAAUAUGGAAUCUUCAGCUGCAUUAUUCACCCAACUUAAAGCUGCCCAACCAUUCUUCUUGAUGGCGGGGCCUAAUGUAAUCGAAUCUGAAGAACACACUAUGCAGAUGGCAAAUCAUAUAAAAGCCAUAACAAACAAACUAGGGGUACCUUUGAUUUUCAAGUCCAGCUUUGACAAAGCUAACAGGACAUCUGCCAAAUCAUUUAGGGGCCCUGGACUGGAUGAAGGGUUAAAAAUCCUUGAGAAAGUGAAAGUAGCAUAUGAUCUUCCUAUAGUUACUGAUGUACAUGAAACCAUUCAGUGUGAAGCAGUCGGUAAAGUUGCUGAUGUGAUUCAGAUCCCAGCUUUCUUAUGCCGUCAGACGGACCUCCUUGUUGCAGCUGCCAAAACUGGGAAAAUCAUCAAUAUCAAGAAAGGGCAAUUUUGUGCUCCUACUGUCAUGGUGAACUCCGCUGAAAAAGUCCGAGGUGCUGGCAAUCAGAAUGUGAUGGUUUGUGAGAGGGGGACCAUGUUUGGGUACAAUGACUUGAUUGUAGAUCCCCGUAACUUGGAAUGGCUAAGAGAAGCUAAUUGUCCCAUUGUGGCUGAUAUCACACAUUCACUACAGCAACCUGCAGGACGGAAAUUGGAUGGCGGAGGCGUUGCUAGUGGAGGGUUCCGUGAAUUGAUUCCAUGUAUUGCAAGAACUGCAGUUGCAGUAGGGGUUGAUGGGAUUUUCAUGGAGGUACACAAUGAUCCAUUAAGUGCACCCGUCGAUGGGCCAACGCAAUGGCCUCUUCGUCAUUUGGAGGAGUUGCUUGAAGAGCUUAUAGCAAUUGCGAAAGUAAGCAAGGGGAAGCAACAAUAUGAAAUUGAUUUGACACCAUUCUGAAAUUAAAGAGGCCUUUUGAGUGUUGCUGGUUUGUAUCCUUUAGUCAUAUUUCAUUUUAUGUGUGGAUUCAGAUCAUUAAUUUAGUUCUAUUGCUUGUAUCAAUCUUGGUGAAGAAGCCCAAACUCCAAACCAUGUAUUGUGAUGUCUCAUCGUGAGACGACUUUAACCCAAACUAUUAAUAAAACACAAUUAUUUCUUUUUUUUAAAAAAAAAAAAAAAAAAAAAAAAAAAAAAAAAAAAAAACUUCCCUGGACUUUAAUUUUCAUUUUAUUUAAUACUCCCUCCGUUCCUUUUUGUUUUUCCACAUUACUAAAACGGGUAGUUCCAUAAGUUUUUCCACUUUAGAAUACUUUCCAUUUUUGGAAAGUUUUUUUUUCCAUUUAUACCCCUCAAAUACCCUCUUUUACCCUAUAUAUUUUUUUAUUUUAAAUGUUGGAUUCAAUUACGGUAUGUGUGCAGCCUCCUUCAUUUAACACCAUCAUCAUUUUCUGCUUCCUCUCCCCACGUUGCUUUCUCUCUCUUCCUUGAGUUUCUUCCAUGGCUUUCUUAGCUUUUAUCCCCUGUUCAUUCCUCUUUUUUACUCCAUUUUUACUGCAUUAAAAUGUAGAUCGGAAUUUGGUCUUCAUUUUGAUGUUCGUUUUGUGAAUUUUGGUUGAGUUUUUUUUUUUCAAGCCCUCUGUUUUGCUUUCUUCUUCGACCAUACCCUCAUACCUUUAUGACGGUUUGUGUGAUCGUGGAGAAUUUUGUUCUUGUUCCAUUAAUGGGAGGUCACACUCUUAUUCAAAUGAAAUUCUUAAAUGGACUAAAAAAGAUCUUGAGGCAUAUCAAAAGGCGAUGGAGGAUGAUGCUACAUCUAGGUUUCGUGAUUCUACCCCUUCUCCUAAUGUUGAAGAAGAAGAAGAUCUUGAGGCAUAUCAAAAGUCUCCAUCUCAUGUUAAUCCUUCAACUUCAUCAAAGAUUCAUGAAGACCAAGUUAAUUUGGUUGUCCCUGACACUCCUGAGGAAGUUAUUGCUGCAAGGGGUAAAAAAAACCCUAAAAAGCGCACGUGAAUUAUGUAAUUUUUUCUUGAAUUUCCUUUUCAUUGUACACUCAUGAUAAGUGCUGGUGAUGUUUGCUGUUGGAUUUGUUUGAUUUUGUGAUGUUUGAUGUUGGAUUUUUUCUGAACCUUUUUGAUUUCUUCUUAUUUUUUUUGGAAGUCUGUUCUUGAAAUUUUUUUAAAAACCCCUGUGAUGUGUUUAUGCAAUUACUUGACUUAAAAUCUGAAAAAUUAUCUAUAAUUACUUGGUUGAGUAGCAAUUGUGUACAAUCGGCACAUUAUAUGAUAUUUUUUUUCAUGUACAGUAAUUUGCGUCAUUUCUUGUUGAAAUUUUAAAAAGCUGAGAGGUUCAAAGACCUCAAUGAUGAAUCAGGGGGCAAAAAAACUGAAAUGAUCAUUAUAUAAUGACGUAAAUACAUAUACAUGAUCUUAAAUUUUCAUUUUGAUGUUGAUUUCAUAAUUAGUUGCUCCUAAGUUUUAUAGAAACAAUUUUGAUGAUGAAAAAAAAUAAACUGAGGGGCUGUAAUUUAUAAUCAUCUUUGAGAUUCUUCCACUGCUUCAUCAUAUGCUUCAAGUAUUUGUUGAUUAAGUUGUGCGGCAUCUUCAUUUUCUGUUUGUGUGCCUUGCUGAUUUGUGCUUGGGUUAAGGAAACGUACACAUUCCCUAACCAAUUGUGAUGGUACUCGCACUUGUAUUCGUAACCUUCCAUUGUCUUCUUGAACUUUCUUCCCUAGGUGUGGCUGAACAUAGUCAUUAGACCCUUUAACCUUUAGGAUUUCAUUUAAGUUGUGUUGUAAUGAAAUCCAAACAUUGGUUAAAGUCUUUGGAUGUAACUCUUCGAAUGCUUCUUCCACUGCUUUUAUUAACUCAUUCAUGUUCUUUGGCAUUUUCUUAUGCAUAAGUGAUUGUAUGCUCCUAAAAAAACCCAAAUCUAGAAUAUUACAAUCGGGACUAUUUGGUGGUUGUUGAGUUAGAAUGAAUGUAAAACCCCCUUGCCUGUUGUUUCGUUGCCAAAUUGGAUCAUCAUUUGUUAUGUGAACCCUUGCAUUAUCUUGUUGGAUGAAAAUUAUCGAUGGACCAUCACUUGGCCAUUUUCUUAGAAUUGCUGGAAUUAAUUGUUCAAUGAGCAUGCUCCUAUAAACUUCCUGAGUAAUCGAAUCAGUUGGUUUAAUUUCUAUAGACCCCCUUGGACGGUUAAUUGAAUUUCUUUGUGCUGCAACCCUACUUACGAAAGGGAAAAUUCCGAUUUUCCCAUCAAAUGAGCAUUGGCCAUAUCGAUUCCAUCUAGGCCUUGCAACCGCCCCUAAAAACAUAGCUUUUGGAAUGAAUUUUGAUGACUUUCCCGCCCUAUAUGGAAUUUUUUCUUUGUGUGCUAUAUAAACUCUUUGUGUCUUCUUGGUUAAGUAAAACCAUUUUUCAUCAAUAUGUAUGAAGUCAUACAUACCUUUAUACAUUGGAUGAAGAUGAAUUGUAUCUUCUUGAAUGAGACUUAAAAUCCACUCAACCCUUCUUAUCUUGUUUGCAUCCGUUAAAUAAGGGUGUAAUGGAUUUGAAUGUGCCUUAAUCUCCCCCCUUCGUAUCAAUCGCCAAACCGUUGUUGGUGCCAAGUCUAAGCAUGUUGCAAUAUCUCUUAUGCAUGUACGUUCACCCAUUGGUUUUGAUUCAAGUACGUUUGGUGGCACUUGAACUCUUUUUCUUCCACAAUUCUUGUACUUUGAAUCGACAACAUAAGGCUUGUUUUCUUCUUUGGUUUCAAUUGCACGUUUCCAUAUGUUUCGAAUUGUUCUUGGUGUGUAACCGUAUUUGUUUGCUAUUCGUACGAAUGUACCAUAUGGGAGUGAGUCACUUACUUUAAGUGACAACAUUUCAUGUAAAAUAAGAUGCCUCAUGUCGUUUGUAAGCCUUGUUUUACGUUAAUGUUGCUGUUCUAUUUGUUGUGCAUCAUUUUUUUGUGGUUCCUCGUCGGAACUGGAGCUUGACUCUGGAUCGUAUGCAUUUGAUCCAAAAUACCAAGCCCCCUCUACCUCAUCUUCAUCAUUUGAAGCCAUUACAAGGCUAAUGAUGUUGCUGGACAGUUGUUUUUGGUGGGAAUGAGGCUGCUGUUUGGGUUUAAUAUAGUUGCUGUGAGGCUGUUUGCUGGACUUUUGAUACUGUUUGCUGGACAAGUACUGUGAGGCUGCUGCUUUAUGCUUAAAUAAGAUGAUUAGAAAUUUGUAAGGUCAUUUUUUUGGAGAUUGUACUUGUAAUUGUUCAUUAUAUUAAUCCAUGUAUUUCUAAUUUGGCCAAUGCAAGGCCAAAUUAUGCUGUUUUGGAUGGCUGAAAAUUUUGUAUUUGGUCCAUGUACUUCUA